AUGUUCAACAGCUGCUGGCCUGAGUCCUCAGAGACCCCAGAGACCCCAGAGACCGGAUACUGGGCUUUAAUGUGGGACGUAGUCCCCCAAAAAGCCUGCAGACACAUGUUGAGGGGCAGAGACCCCAGAGACCGGAUGCUGGGCUUUAAUACGGACAUGGAGGACCUGAGCGACUACAGCGUCUACAGCCAGCUGACAGACGACGAGCUGAUGCAACUCGCUGUGGAGCGAAGCCUGUCAGACCCCCCCCCCAGCCCCGACCCCCCCACACCCCCAGACAUCCCAAAAUGUGACCCAUUCAACGCCCUCUACAAAGGGAGCUUAGUCCUGUACAGACGUCAUUAUGGAGGGGGAUGUUGCUGCUCUGGUGGACUUGGUGAGUCGGGGGUGCAGCAGUCUCCGGAGCCCAAUGACGAAGGCUGGAUCGCUCUGCAUGAAGCUGCUUAUUACGGACAGCUGCACUGCCUCGCCAUCCUCAUCAAAGCCCACCCCAACUUGGUGAACUCGUGGAGUCUGACCAAUCAGACGGCUCUGCUGCUGGCUGCGGGGCGGGGAAACGUUUCCUGUGUCGACUUCCUGCUGAAACACGGCGCCGACCCGAACAUCGCCGACAGGGACCGGGAGACGCCGCUGCUCACAGCGUGUGAGCAGCCCAACGAAGCCGUGGUGGAUCUGCUGUUGCAGUUCGGCGCCCAGGUGAACCGCUGCACCGUCCAGGGAGAGACGUGUCUCCACGUCGCCUGCAGACAUGGACAACUGGAGCUCUGCAGGAAGCUGCUGGAGGCCGGAGCUGAUCUGAACCGCAAGAACAUCUACGGCAUCCAGCCGAUCUUCACCGCCGCGCAGCACGGACACGCCGACAUCAUCCGCCUGCUCGCUAGCAAAGGUGCAGAUAUAAAUGGACAGGAUGUUAAGAUGUUUCUUAAGGUGUUUCUUAAGUCAUCAAACAGCUCGGACUUCUUCGACGACCCCGUUACAUCCACAGAAGCUGUCGCCGCAAGUUUGUCUAUCUUCACCACGGACAAUCCAUUCCAUCCAUCUGGUCCCCGGCACGCUCUGUCGCACUUAUUCCACGUCAUCGGAACGCUUUCCUGA